AUGAUGAAGUACAACGGGCUGCUGCUACUGAUUUUAUGCGCCAUAAAGUCAUCUGUAGCGAAUGUAGAUGACCCCACACUUGUCACUCUACCAGAGGGCCAAAUAAGAGGCCAAGCCUUGCAGUCUCCAAACGACAAAGUUUAUUAUGCCUUUCAAGAAAUACCGUAUGCAGCUCCACCUGUUGGUGAAUUAAGAUUUCAAGCACCUGUAGCGCCAGGAAAAUGGGAAGGAAUAUUAAACACCACAAAAAAUGAAAAAAUUUGUUACCAAAGUGGAGACGAGUACAUUCCGGUUCCCGCAUUAACUCAAACAGAAGAAUGUUUGAACUUGAAUGUUUACACUCCUUUGAAACCUGGAGAUACUUCACAAACUCCAUUACCGGUGUUAAUAUGGAUACACGGAACUGGAUUUAGAAAUGGAGCUGGUACUAUUCAGUUAUACAAACCUGGAUUCUUUAUUGACCACAAUAUUGUUGUUGUCACGAUGAACUACCGUACAGGAGUUCUAGGAUUCCUGACAACAGAAGACGGAGUCAUACCAGGAAACAUAGGAUUAAAAGAUCAACAUUUUGCCAUUCAGUGGGUUAAAAAUAAUAUCGAUCUAUUUGGUGGGGACCCCGAAAAAAUAACGAUAUCUGGUCAGAGUGCUGGAGCGGCGUCUGUGGGAUUACAAUUAGUAAGUCAACGGAAUAAAGAUUUAUUCAGAGGUGCCAUUUUACAAAGUGGUACCUCAAUGGGUCAGUGGGCACAUCAAGACUUUGCAAGAUUCUAUGCUUUCGAAUUAGGUCGAAGUUUGGAUCCAAGUUUCGCUUCGGAUAAUUCAACGGAAUUACUGGAACUGUUGCAAAGUCUUCCUGCUUCCGACAUAAACGACAACACAGUUGCUGCUGCUGUUGGAAAAGAGUCUGGAUUAAUAGAAGGCCAAGGUUUUAUAUGGCUACCUGUAAUUGAGGAUGUUAGUCUAGAUGGAGCACUCCUCACGGGUUUAUUUCAUGAAGACAUUAGAACAGGAAACAUAAACCAAGUUCCCAUAAUUAUUGGCUUUAACUCUGAGGAAGAACUAUUAUUUUUGAAUAGGGAAGAUCCUUCAGUUGUUGAGGUGAGUGCGAAAUAUUUCGACAGUGAUUUAACCAACCUCAUUAGAAACCAGUUCAAUAUGACCAAAGAGAACAAACUGACAGCUGGCACUAAACUGAGACAAAUUUACACCGAUGGAACAUUCGAAGACGAUCCUGGACAAAUAGUGAAGGUUUUAAGUGAUCACUCGUUUACAACCCCAGCUAUUAGGCAUGCAAAGUUACAAUCCAACUAUACCGACGUUUUUAUGUACCAAUUUUCAUAUAAAGGCAAAAUGGGAGGUUUUAAGGAUUUAGAAAUUGCAGGUGUUGGAGGUGUUGGUCACGCUGAAGAGUUGGGUUAUUUAUGGGACACGCAACUUUCUAAUGAAUCACCAGGAGAUGAUCCAGAAGAUGUUGCGGCACGUCACCGUUUGUUAACCCUGUGGUCAAACUUUGUCAAAUACUUAAACCCAACUCCAGAAGUGGACAGUUUCCUGGGUAACGUGACGUGGGAGAAAGUUAGUCCAAAUAAUUUGGUGUAUUUGAACAUUAACGAUACACUGGAAAUGCAGACGAAUCCAAGAGACUACCUCAAAUGGGAAAGAAUUAUAGACAUGUAUGCUAUACCUCCAUUGGUUAAUUACUAACGUAUUUUGAGAAAUAAACUGUAUCAUAUACAUAA